AAGGAGGCGGGUUGCCGGCUCCAUAGGUCGGGCACGCCUUACCCAGGCGGCCAUCAUGGGCCGCCCCCUUCUCCUCUCCAUCUUGCGGUGCCGGACCGUGCUGCAGGGUUCCCACCGCCGCCUCGACAGCUGUCCCGGGGGGCACCGAGCAGUCCUAGCAGGGUAAGAGGGUGGGAGAGAGCGGGCGUCCCUCCGCCUGCCCCAUCUCAGCCAUUGUCCCGAUUUCAGACUACAACCUGCAGCAAGAUGAACUCCCUCGUGAUCAAACGAGUUGUAAAUGACAUUGUCAAGUCUCCCGAAGACAAGAGAGAAUAUCGUGGUGUUGAGUUUGUAAAUGGGAUAAAAGCCGUCCUCAUCAGUGACCCCACAACUGACAAAUCUUCUUCUGCUCUGGAUGUCUACAUUGGAUCCCUCUCUGACCCAGACAACCUUCCUGGGCUAGCUCACUUCUGUGAGCAUAUGUUGUUCUUGGGCACAAAGAAAUACCCCCAUGAGAACGAGUACAGACAGUUCCUAAGCGAGCAUGCAGGGAGCUCCAACGCCUUCACCAGCGGAGAACACACUAACUACUACUUCGAUGUGUCACAUGAGCACCUGGAGGGAGCACUGGACAGGUUUGCCCAGUUUUUCCUUGGCCCUCUGUUUGAUGAGAGCUGUAAGGACAGAGAGGUGAACGCUGUGGAUUCUGAACAUGAGAAGAACUUGAUGAACGAUGCCUGGCGACUCUUUCAGCUGGAGAAAGCCACAGGAAACCCCAAACAUCCGUUCCAUAAAUUUGGAACAGGCAAUAGGCUUACUCUUGAAACCAGGCCUACACAAGAAGGAAUAGAUGUUCGGCAAGAGCUGCUUAAAUUCCACUCUACGUAUUACUCCUCUAACCUCAUGUGUAUCUGUGUACUUGGAAGAGAAACCCUGGAUGAACUGACAGAGCUGCUGGUGAAGCUGUUUGCAGAAGUAGAACAUAAAAAUGUCACACUGCCAGAAUUCCCUGACAAUCCUUUCCAGAAGCCGUAUCUCCAGAAAAUGUACAAGAUUGUGCCUGUUAAGGACAUCCGAAAUCUCUAUGUCACCUUUCCAAUUCCUGACCUCCAGAAAUAUUAUAAGUCUAACCCAGGUCAUUACCUCGGACAUCUUAUUGGUCAUGAAGGCCCUGGAAGUCUACUUUCUGAACUAAAAGCUAAAGGUUGGGUAAAUACUCUGGUUGGAGGCCAAAAAGAGGGUGCAAAAGGAUUUAUGUUCUUCAUUAUUAAUGUGGACCUGACUGAAGACGGCCUGUUGCACGUGGAUGACAUCAUUUUCCACAUGUUUCAGUACAUCCAAAAACUCAGAAGUGAGGGUCCUCAGGAAUGGGUGUUCCAGGAGUGCAAGGACUUGAAUGCAGUUUCCUUUCGAUUCAAAGACAAAGAGCACCCACGUGGGUACACCUCAAAAAUUGCUGGAUUGUUACAUUAUUACCCCCUGGAAGAAGUCCUGUCAGCUGAGUACUUACUAGAAGAAUUCAGGCCAGACUUGAUAAAAAUGGUGCUGGAUAAACUCCGACCAGAGAAUGUCAGGGUGGCUAUCGUUUCCAAAUCCUUCGAAGAACAAACUGACAAGACAGAAGAGUGGUACGGAACACCGUACAAGGAAGAGGACAUCCCGGCUGAUGUUAUAACGAAAUGGCAAAAUGCAGAUUUGAAUGGAAAAUUCCGUCUCCCAAUGAAAAAUGAAUUUAUUCCCACCAAUUUUGAGAUAGUUCCUUUGGAAAAGGAUGCAACACCCUAUCCUGCUCUAAUUAAGGACACGGCAAUGAGUAAAUUAUGGUUUAAGCAAGAUGAUAAAUUUUUCCUGCCCAAAGCCUGUCUCAACUUUGAGUUCUUCAGUCGCUACCUUUAUGCUGACCCCCUCCAUUGCAACAUGACUUACCUAUUUCUAAGGUUACUGAAGGAUGAUUUAAAAGAGUAUACAUAUGCAGCCCGCCUCGCAGGUGUCAGCUAUGGCAUUGCAUCAGCAAUGAAUGCAAUUCUACUCUCUGUGAAAGGCUACAAUGACAAGCAGCAUAUCCUGCUCAAGAAGAUCAUUGAGAAAAUGGCCACUUUUCAAAUCGAUGAAAAGCGAUUUGAGAUAAAUAAGGAAGCGUACAUGCGGUCUCUCAACAACUUCCGGGCAGAGCAGCCUCACAAGCAUGCAAUGUAUUACCUGAGAUUGCUGAUGACAGAAGUGGCCUGGACAAAAGAUGAACUGAGAGAUGCAUUAGAAGAUGUGACUCUUCCCCGUCUGAAAGCCUUCAUUCCUCAGGUGCUGUCCCGGUUGCAUGUUGAAGCCCUUCUCCAUGGCAAUAUAACAAAGCAGACUGCACUGGGCGUCAUGCAGAUGGUGGAGGAUACACUUAUUGAGCAUGCUCAUACCAAACCCCUUCUCCCAAGUCAGCUGGUCAGAUACAGAGAAGUACAGCUGCCUGACAAGGGCUGGUUCGUGUAUCAGCAGCGGAAUGAAGUGCACAAUAACUGCGGUAUCGAGAUCUAUUAUCAGACUGACAUGCAGAAUACAUCAGAGAACAUGCUUCUGGAGCUGUUCUGCCAGAUCAUCGCGGAGCCCUGCUUCAACACUCUGCGCACCAAGGAACAGUUGGGUUACAUUGUAUUCAGUGGCCCCCGCAGGGCGAACGGAGUCCAAGGCCUGCGGUUUAUUAUCCAGUCAGAGAAGCCUCCUCAUUACUUAGAGAGUCGCGUGGAAGCUUUCCUGAAGACGACAGAGAAGUCUCUGGAAGAAAUGUCAGACGAGGCCUUUCAGAAACACAUCCAGGCACUGGCGCUCCGGCGAUUAGAUAAACCCAAAAAGCUGUCUGCGGAGGGUGCUAAAUACUGGGGAGAAAUCAUCUCUCAGCAGUAUCACUUUGACAGAGACAAUGUGGAGGUGGCAUAUCUGAAAACCCUGGUCAAGGACGAUAUAAUAAAGUUUUUCAAGGAUCUACUGGCCGUAGAAGCUGCGAGAAGGCAUAAAGUGUCUGUACACGUGCUGUCUAGAGAGAUGGAGCUAUCCCCUGCAGUGGGGGAGUUUCCUAGUCAGAAUGAUGUUGAUCUCGCUCCAGCACCAGCCCUUCCACAGCCUGAUGUCAUUACGGAUAUGACCGAGUUUAAGAGACGCCUGCCUCUCUUCCCUCUCGCCAAGCCACAUGUCAAUUUCAUGGCGGCAAAACUAUGAUCCGAGCAACAGGAAAUCGUAACAACCUCAUCGGGAAAAAUGAAGUUGUCCUUUGGGCUUGGGAAUGAGUGACAGUCACAUUAACAGUAGCAGGAUUUUGCGAAUUGACCUUUAGUAGACUACGGAAAAAAAAAUCUAGCUAAAAUGGGAUAGAUAUGUGUGUAUUUCAUUGUGGCGUGUCAGAAAACAACGCUCAGCACUGCAGCAAUGUGCCCAAAAGAAAGAAUGCUGUAAGGAUUAUUAUUAACGUAUAUAUGUACAAACCAUUGGAUUUCAGUGUGUAGGAAGAGUGAAGAGUCCUAGCAUUAGGACGGGUUUGACUAGACUUAUUUAUAGAGGAGACGCUGAAUAGCAUGUAGGGGUAGAUUUAUCAGAGUACCUGCCAAUCAGCUCUUAACUGUCAGUUUACAGGCGGUGCUUGAAAAUUGAGAGAAGCUGAUUGGUUGGUACUUGAUCUCUCUCCACCACGCUUUGAUAAAUCUGCCCCUUAGUUUCCACUAGUCAAUUUAACAUUUGAAACAGGGUUAAAGUGACUUAACACAUCCUUACGUGUUUUAUUUUUUAGCACACCGCAGGUUUACUUGGAAUAUUUUCAAAUUAAAAAGGACAUUUAAUGCUGUUUGAAGAGCUAAUAUUGCCAGUGGGUGCCUGUGUGUCAGCCAGUCGCAGACCGGUUGAACUAAUACACAUAUCACAGCUGGGACGUUAAAGCCACCACUAUUUCUAAUCACCUAAUCUAUAUUUAUUGUAAUACACAAUGGUUUGACAUUUAUUAUGCUACAUAAGUAAAACUGCCCAUAAAGGCUGUAAUUUAUAGCAGCUUAUCAGAGGCUUUAUUUUCUUUCUAAACAAAUGGAAAAAUGGCUGCCAGACUGGUUGCUAUGGGUUACAGCACCACUUCCUGGGCAUCCAUUUUAAUGUCAGUGGGGGACUGAUAAGCAAAAAAAAGGUGGUUGUUUUAUAGCAACCACUUACAGUCUGUCCUAUUUGCAGUGCAGUAUAAAAAGAACAAUGAAAGGAAAUGAUUGCUUGCUAUGGACAAGCCCAUAUUUUAGAGUCAUGUAAAUUAAGGACUUUGAAAAUUGCCUAAUUUAUAGUACUGUAAUUCCUGUCUUAAAAUGUAACUUUUUUUUUUUUAUAAAUAAAUGUACCUAAUAAACACCCACCUGUAAAAUAACUUCCAAUAUUUAUAUUGUGAAGGCAAUAGCUUAAUUUAUUUUGUUUAGGGGUAACUAUUUCUAGCUUGUCUGCUGAUAAGGUGGCUUUGUUUUAUGUAGUACACUCUGCCUGCAAAUACAUUCGAAUCGUCCCACGCUUUUUAUCACACAGUGAGGUUUUUAUAAUCCAACCGGGAAAAUGCUGAGAAUAUCUACCAACCAGAUGUAUUUAUUUCUGAUUUCACAUCUCAGGGUUCCUCUGACUUUUUGCCCUUUUAGACUUUAUAAAUAAAACUGGUUUAUUUAAAA